UAAAUUAAGAAACUAAAAAGGAAGCUAGAGAAUUAGUAAAGUUUUUGACGGGCGUCAUCACGGGUACCGUAGUCCUAACGUCGAUCGAGUAGUACACUGCCUCAUUGUCCCUUCCGUAUACGCAUCUUUACACAUUCCCCGCGCUCAUCGCUCUUUUUACAACACUUUCCUCUCAUUUCUCUCUCCGACCUUUCAUCAAACACCUUCUAGGUCACACAAUGAAACCCGAGUUAUACGAAAUCUCAGACGACGAAUGGGAAAAUCACUCUUUCAAACCCUCACGAGUUCUCAAACGACCUCGCUCUCCACCGCCGCCUCUCGACUCCUUCGCUUAUAAACCUCUUUCGGAACCCCAACCCGAACCCGUUGCUUCCUCCGACGACGAUUGCGUCGAAAUCAAUCACAUAGCCGAUAAUAACAACAACACCACCACCAACAACAACAACUUUGAAUGUCUCGAUGAUUUAGAGGAUGCUGAUGUGGAUGAUGUUGAAGCGGCUCCAACGGCGAGACCUGGAAGGAGGUUUAUAAUCGAUGAUGAGGAUGAGGAGGAUGCCGGAGGCGUCGGUGAUAAUGUUGAUGUUGAAGUGUUUGAUAUUGAUUCAACGGAAGAUGAAGUGGAGGAUGCGAUUGAUGAAGGGAAUGAAGAUGAUUUGGUUGGUAAGGCUUUGCAAAAGUGUGCGAGGAUUUCUGUGGAGUUGAAGGGAGAGUUGUUUGGGUCUUCUGGAGUUGCUUGUGAGAGAUAUUCUGAGGUGGAAUCUUCUUCAGUUAGAAUCGUUACUCAGGAUGAUGUUGAUGUUGCAUGUGGUUCCGAGGAUUCGGAUUUUCAACCUCUGUUAAAGCCGUAUCAACUUGUUGGUGUUAAUUUCUUACUUCUGUUGUAUCGGAAGAGAAUUGGAGGAGCUAUAUUGGCAGAUGAAAUGGGCCUUGGCAAAACGGUUCAGGGAAUCACAUAUUUGAAUUUGUUGAAUCACUUGCACAAUGAUUCUGGUCCACAUCUUAUAGUUUGUCCUGCUUCUGUUUUGGAAAACUGGGAAAGGGAACUAAAGAAAUGGUGUCCAUCCUUUUCUGUUCUUCAAUAUCAUGGAGCUACACGCACAGCAUACUGCAAGGAGUUGAACUCUUUGUCCAAGUCAGGAUUGCCUCCCCCAUUUAAUGUUCUUCUUGUGUGUUAUUCACUUUUUGAACGGCACAGUGCACAGCAGAAAGAUGAUCGUAAAAUCCUGAAACGUUGGAAGUGGAGCUGUGUGCUGAUGGAUGAGGCACAUGCUUUGAAGGACAAAAAUAGUUUUAGGUGGAAAAAUCUGAUGUCUGUUGCUCGAAGUGCGAACCAACGCUUGAUGCUGACAGGGACACCACUUCAAAAUGAUCUACAUGAGUUAUGGUCUAUGUUAGAGUUUAUGAUGCCUGAUAUUUUUGCUUCUGAGGAUGUUGAUUUAAAAAAGUUACUAAGUGCAGAAGAUAGAGAUUUAGUUAGUCGUAUGAAGUCUAUCUUAGGGCCAUUUAUUUUGCGGCGUCUGAAAUCUGAUGUAAUGCAACAACUUGUUCAAAAAACACAGCAGGUUCAAUAUGUCAUAAUGGAAAAGCAACAGGAACAUGCAUACAGGGAAGCCAUUGAAGAGUAUCGCGCUUUUUCAAAAGCUCGGCUAACAAAAUGUUCUGAUUUGAACUCAAAAAGUAUUCUUGAAGCUCUUCCUCGACGGCAAAUAAAUAAUUAUUUUGUUCAGUUCCGGAAGAUAGCAAACCACCCCUUGUUGAUACGGAGAAUUUAUAAUGAUGAGGAUGUUGUUCGCUUUGCUAGGAAGCUGCAUCCUAUAGGUGCUUUUGGCUUUGAAUGUACCAUGGACAGAGUUAUAGAGGAGCUUAAAAGUUACAAUGAUUUCUCCAUUCACCGGCUUUUACUUCAUUAUAGUAUCAAUGAUAGAAAGGGGAUCCUUUCAGAUAAGUAUGUUAUGCUUUCUACAAAAUGUCGGGCUUUAGCAGAGCUUCUUCCAUCACUAAAGAAGAGUGGUCAUCGUGUCUUGAUCUUUAGUCAAUGGACAUCAAUGCUUGAUAUAUUGGAGUGGGCUUUGGAUGUCAUUGGGUUGACCUACAAACGACUUGAUGGAAGCACACAGGUAGCAGAGAGACAAACAAUAGUCGACACAUUCAAUAAUGAUACUUCAAUAUUUGCAUGCUUGCUUUCCACUAGAGCUGGUGGACAAGGCUUAAACUUAACUGGAGCCGAUACAGUUGUGAUUCAUGACAUGGAUUUUAAUCCACAGAUUGAUAGACAAGCCGAAGACCGUUGUCAUCGAAUUGGACAAACAAAGCCUGUAACCAUUUAUAGGCUGGUGACAAAGGGAACAGUUGAUGAAAAUGUGUAUGAGAUUGCAAAGAGAAAGCUAGGAUUAGAUGCUGCUGUUCUAGAGACCACAGAAGAGAUCAAAGAAGGGGACAUGCCUGAGAAGACCAUGGGAGAGAUAUUGUCCGCAAUUUUGUUAAAAUAUUGAGCCAAAGAAAACAUUCAGUUUUAUUCAUCAUCGGCUGUGUUCUACUUUUUCUCCUUAGGUUCGCACUUCGUUUCCUUUUGUACCGAUCUUAAUUAUCCAUUUAGAAUUAAGACAAAUUGGCCACCUUUGAAAUCGGUACAAAAGACAGCUCGCUGCCCUAGAAAUUAGUAAGAUUGCCAAAUUGAUGUAAAUUAAGUCUUUAUUCAUGUAUUGAUGACAUGAAUAAUCUCUAUAGGUAGAUAGAUCAAUAGGAGAGUUAGUGUAAAAUGGCAGAAUUAGAAGCCUCUUUGAACAAAGCUCUUGAUUCGCAACUUUGUUCAUUGUUAAUUGUAGAGUAUUGAAUAUUUAUACUUUCAAGUUGCAACUUUUUAUUAGUAUGUUUGUUCUA